AUACCACCUGAUGUUCAUUGCCUUAUCUUUGCAAACUUGUCCCCGACUUUUUUUCUUCUCGUUAUUCUACCAUCAGGAAAAGCAGACGAAUGGCAAUACGCGCAGGAAAAGUCGACCCUCAGGAUGCUCGCCGUGUCAAGCAUUCCCGCAUCGGUAUAUGGGACCUCUACGAGGAACGCCAAACAAAUUCAAGUUUGCUCCGCAUACCGGGCUCAUCAAUAGUAGAGACAUGUGCCCAGAUGAUCCAGAAUACGCCCUAUGUAUUGCGCAUGUUAAAGGAUGUACUCAGCAUCAGACGAGUCCAGAUGCUUUUCCCCAUAUACUUGGUAAUGGCAGUCUCAGACUCUUUUAUACCCGCCGUUUCUCUAUGGUACUCUGGACAGCUGCUACGCCUUGUGCCUACCGCGAUAGAGAGACAUACUAUGGACUCGACAGUUCUCAUUCACGCUGCAGUUGGACACUUUGCAUGCAAGGUUGCAUCACGCCUUUUCCGAUACGUCCAACACUUCGUAGUCCUUCUCAUGGACAGGUCUAUAGAACAAUUACAUGCUGGGCAAAUAUUCCAUUCUGCGGCCCGCCUUGACCUUCCCACCAUAGAAGACCCUGCCGUCCAGAAGCAGCUCCACUCCGUGAAGCCCCGUUGGAGCCGUAGCGUAGCCUGGGAAACCAUCGAAAUGUCAACGGGCAUCACAAUGACACUUAUUAGCAUGCUCUCCUCAAAUUUUGGUUCUGUUCACAGUCCUGCAGGAGCAACAGGAUGGUCUCCUUCUCAUUAUUCUCGGCUGUUCGCGAUAUAUAAUUCUUUGGUUUACAAGACCAAACAUAUCAAGCUCCUCGGUUUGGGUUGCGACCACUACUGAUCGAGAUUACAUGCGGAUGCAAGGCCUGGAGAAACUCGUCGGUGAUGUUUCACACCGCAAGGAACUUGUCGCAGGCAACCUCAGCGAAUAUAUCACUGCACAAUUUUACAAAUCCGCCCAACGCGUCGGCGACGAUGCGGGUGACUUCGAGGAAAUUCGCCA